CGGUCCCCCCAGGGGCAGCACAGAGGAAGUGAGGGCCUCCCCGAGCCGCUGCUGUGACGGCCAGUGAGCGAGCAGCUGGAGGAUGUCCACCACGGCCACGGUCGCCCCCGCGGGGAUCCCGGCAGCCCCGGGCCCCGUGAACCCGCCCCCGCCGGAGGUCUCCAACCCCGCCAAGCCCGGCCGCAAGACCAACCAGCUGCAGUACAUGCAGAAUGUGGUGGUGAAGACGCUCUGGAAGCAUCAGUUCGCCUGGCCCUUCUACCAGCCCGUGGAUGCAAUCAAGCUGAACCUGCCAGAUUAUCAUAAGAUAAUAAAAAACCCAAUGGAUAUGGGGACGAUUAAGAAGAGACUAGAAAAUAAUUAUUAUUGGAGCGCAAGCGAAUGUAUGCAGGACUUCAAUACCAUGUUUACAAAUUGUUAUAUUUAUAACAAGCCCACAGAUGACAUAGUGCUCAUGGCCCAAGCCCUAGAGAAAAUUUUUCUGCAGAAAGUGGCCCAGAUGCCCCAGGAGGAAGUUGAAUUAUUACCCCCUGCUCCAAAGGGCAAAGGCCGGAAACCGGCUGCGGGAACCCAGAGUGCAGGUACACAGCAAGUGGCAGCCGUGUCCUCUGUCUCCCCAGCGACCCCCUUUCAGAACGUCCCCCCCACUGUCUCCCAGACGCCCGUCAUUGCUGCCACCCCUGUGCCAACCAUCACUGCAAACAUCACGUCAGUCCCCGUCACCCCGGCUGCCGCCCCACCUCCUCCCGCAACGCCCAUCAUCCCUGUAGUCCCUCCCACGCCGCCCGUCAUCAAGAAGAAGGGCGUGAAGCGGAAAGCAGACACGACCACGCCCACGACAUCAGCCAUCACCGCCAGCCGGAGCGAGUCGCCCCCGCCGCUGUCGGACCCCAAGCAGGCCAAGGUGGUGGCGCGGCGGGAGAGCGGGGGCCGCCCCAUCAAGCCGCCCAAGAAGGACCUGGAGGACGGCGAGGUGCCCCAGCACGCCGGCAAGAAGGGCAAGCUGUCGGAGCACCUGCGGCACUGUGACAGCAUCCUCAAGGAGAUGCUGUCCAAGAAGCACGCGGCCUACGCCUGGCCCUUCUACAAGCCGGUGGACGCCGAGGCCCUGGAGCUGCACGACUACCAUGACAUCAUCAAGCACCCCAUGGACCUCAGCACCGUCAAGAAGAAGAUGGACAGCCGAGAGUACCCGGACGCACAGGGCUUUGCAGCCGACAUCCGGUUAAUGUUCUCCAAUUGUUACAAGUACAACCCCCCGGACCACGAGGUGGUGGCCAUGGCCAGGAAGCUCCAGGACGUGUUUGAAAUGCGGUUUGCCAAGAUGCCAGAUGAGCCCGUGGAGGCGCCCGCGCUGCCGGCCCCCACGGCCCCCGCAGUGAGCAAGGGCACCGAGAGCAGCCGCAGCAGCGAGGAGAGCUCCUCGGACUCGGGCAGCUCAGACUCGGAGGAGGAGCGGGCCACGAGGCUGGCAGAGCUACAGGAGCAGCUGAAGGCCGUGCACGAGCAGCUGGCCGCCCUGUCUCAGGCCCCAGUGAACAAGCCAAAGAGGAAGAAGGAGAAGAAGGAGAAGGAGAAGAAGAAGAAGGACAAGGAGAAGGACAAGGAGAGACACAGGGCCAAGUCCGAGGACGAGAAGAAGGCCAAGGCGGCCCCGCCCACCAAGCAGGCCGCGCCGAAGAAGGCUCCCGCCAAGAAGGCCAACAGCACGACCACAGCCAGCAGACAGCCGAAGAAGGGCGGCAAGCAGGCGUCAGCCUCCUAUGACUCGGAGGAGGAGGAGGAGGGCCUGCCCAUGAGCUACGACGAGAAGCGCCAGCUCAGCCUGGACAUCAACCGGCUGCCUGGGGAGAAGCUGGGCCGGGUGGUGCACAUCAUCCAGUCCCGGGAGCCCUCGCUCAGGGACUCCAACCCCGACGAGAUAGAGAUUGACUUUGAGACUCUGAAACCCACCACUUUGCGGGAACUAGAGAGAUACGUCAAGUCUUGUUUACAGAAAAAGCAAAGGAAGCCGUUCUCGACAAGCGGGAGGAAGCAGGCGGCCAAGUCGAAGGAGGAGUUAGCUCAGGAAAAGAAGAAGGAGUUGGAGAAGCGGCUGCAGGACGUCAGCGGGCAGCUCAGCAACAACAAGAAGCCCGCCAAGAAAGAGAAAUCGGGCUCUGCGCCCUCGGGAGGGCCGUCCCGGCUCAGCAGCAGCAGCUCCUCCGAGUCCGGGAGCAGCAGUUCCAGCGGAUCCAGCUCCGACAGCAGCGACUCAGAAUGAACUCCGGACUUAACGCAGAACAGAACAAAGCCAGUGGGUGUCGCACACGCUGAGACUCUGCAGUGUUCCCUCAAUGGUUAAUAUACUACUUCUGUCCCCUGGUGUGCAGGUUUUCUUUUUAAUUCAGUGUUAUGGUAUCUUCCAGUUUUUGCUUUAAUAGGUCAAAGAUCUUUUUUUGUGUGCACAUGAGACUUUAUGAGGAGGUGUGAGUCUGCAUAAAGUCUUUUCUUGUUAACUGAGUUCAGUGGCUUGGAGAUGGCAACUUCAGAUGCUAACCUGGAAACCGUAGAAACACGUGUGAGAUGUGAUCUGAAGGUUCUUGCAGAAUCCCUUUUCUUAUGCCCAACCUGGUCUGUAGCUCCAGGAAGAAUUGUUUCAAAGGAAACUUCUCUAAAAUGGUACUGUAUUUGAAAGCUGUCAGCUUUGCAGACAGCUGUUGUCUUUGUCAUUUGGGCCCUGAGCUCUGACUCUCGUGUCCGAGGGGUCACCUCUUUCUGCAGGGGCUGAGGACAGACGUGCCUGUGGCGAGGACCAGGGCUUGGCCAGGCGAGGGGUCCUCGUGGCUCCCAUCAGAGCUCAUGCCGGUGGGGGCGGGCGAGGGUGGGGCGUGGAAGAGAGGACGUUGGGUUUCUCUGAUCUUGGUGAUGCCACGAGCUCCUGGGAGGGGACACAGUGGCUGCAUGUGCAGCGCACAGGUUUCCAUACACUGAAACUUUUACCUCAACUUCAAAAAAAAAAAAAAAUGAAAAAGAAAACAUAAAAAAAAAAAAACAAAAGGAGACUUUUUUGUAAGGUUCAGCAAUUUUCUAUGAAAGUCCAGCCCAACGUGUGUCCCCAACUUGUUACCGCUGCCGCUGCUGCACACUCCGGAACCAUUUUCCCAAUUUCAUGUAUAUAUGAAUACUUUAUUUAUUAACAUCAUUGGUCAUUUUUUUUAAAAAAAGAAAA